CCUAGGUCGAGACAGUCGAGGUCCAAGGAGGCGACGAUGGAGUUCCCACCCUUUGCUGAUGGUUUCUCUGAGGGUUUCCCAGGAGGAUCUGAGGGCGGGUCUUCCAGUUGGGCGGCGCCGGUGCCGGUGCCGGUGCCGCCGUCGCCGCCUCCGCCGCCGCCGGCGCGUAAGAUGGCGCCGGCGAGGAAGAGGAUUCCGGGUAGGUGGAAGAGGCUCCCGCGCGUCCGGACCCCAGCCAUGGAGGCCACAAGGGUGGCCAUGCAGGCCGUAGAGGUGCUGGGGAUCGUGGAUUUUGAGGAGCGGAACCGCUUUUACCUGAAGAAGGCCGAGGAGCUGGAGGCAAUGGACGCCGACGACUGCGACUCGGAGGAAGCCAAGGCCACCUUCCUGAUCGCCCGAGCCCAGGAAGUCGCCUUAUGUCGCAAAAUCGCCAGAACCAGGCCGGAGGAUGUGGUCCUCCGCCCCAUCGAGCUCAGCGACACCAAGGAGGAGCUGGUCACUGCUGAGGAGAUGGAAGCACGCUUCGCUGGGCGCAAGGUCUCUCAUGUAGCACAAUUACAGCACUUUGCUCAACUUGCCUUGAACCAUUAUAAUGCCAGAAAGGCAGAGCACAACCAGUUUGAUCUAUCUCAAGCCUUGACAUCCAACUGCUUCUCUGAGGCUUGUGGAACGACAUAUGCCCAUGUCAACUUCACAGCCAUUCCCCAGAACAAUCAGAGCGAUCAGCCGAUGAAGAGACUCUUCUUCGCCGAGCUUAUGCUGAUUCCAGAGCUCCUGUCAUGUGAAGAUGCCGAGCCUAUGAAAGUGCUUCAAGUCUCCACUAUUAAUGAUGUUCCUUGUUUUGGUGGAUGCCACGAGAUACGUCGCAGGAUCGAUCACAAGAUGAGGGGGGUUAUGGAUUACGAGCGCUGCCACGCGUGCCGCGACAUUCUCAAGCAUCCAAAAGGAGAGACCUUCGAUGGAGGGCAUAAUAGCACCAGGAUGCCGUACUUCUCUGCAAUUUAAGUCUGAAAUGGCCGCAGAUUGAAAACUAUUGUCAUGGGUGGUGCGACGAGAUAAGUUAUUGUCAUGUGUGCUGUCUUGGAUGCUUUCAGAUUAGAGGGUUAUAUGAAUAGUUCGAAACCAAGUAUGCUUCAAACCGGUGCUGGUUACCCUUGUGAAUCCUUCUUGCCCAUGACUAUAUUAUCGCAUGAAUCUUCUUUAGAACAAGUAAUAAUAUUAUUGAUAAUCUCUGCAUUGUA